CUCAUCUUAGCGGAUACUUAUGGAGAAAGAUGCUGGCAGGUGAUGGAGGGCAAGGCUGCGGCGCUGAUAAGACGAGAAGUGAGGAGAAGGCGAAGUGUUUGAGUGUUGGUGCAUGAGGCCUUGAGGUCCUGCUAGGAGAACCCAUGGAGCCAGACAUCAUGCCGUACCACUCCUCCUCUCCCCCUCCACUGGAUGAUGAUGGUGACGGGGAGGCGGGAUCAGAGGAGGACGAGUUUGGGGACUUUGGGGGAUUCUCUGUCAGGGGUUCCUGCUCGCCUCCUGGCUUUGCUGAUUCUUCUGAUUCACCACCGAGCCUCAGAUAUCCUUCUCCCACCAUAAAGCCAGACACCCAUCAACCAAACUGCAGCUUUAAUCGCCCCGCUGAACAAUUCCAACCCACUUCCACUGUGAACUCUGGGUCCAGCGGGGUCCAGAUACACGUGGAAGGGCAGGACUGUAAUGUUGAAUCACGUGUGCACCUCACAAAUGGAUACUCUGAAAGCUCUCCCAGGGAAGAAACAGGGUUUGCUGAUUUCACUGUGUUUGCAGAUCAGACAGCACAUCCCUGGUGCUGUGGCUUCACCCCCUUGAGCAGCACAGAGCAAUGGGAUGGCAGAGUGGCAGGGAAAAAGUCCCCCAACAGCUUGGGUGAACAAAUCUGUGAUCCAGGACAGGAGGUUAUUAUGGACUCUGAGCCCAGAUCUCAUGGUGUAUAUAAGGCAAAAGGAAACGUUUGCUCUGAGGUUGAGCACUGUGAGAAAAGAGAUGCAGCCCUCGUGCAACCAUCUCAGGACCACCAUCAGCCUCAGGAAGCUGCAGCAGCUUUUCUAUCUGAAGAGCCUCAUUCUGGAGAGGAGCAGGGCCACCCUCGGGAUGGUCAAAGGGAACGGAGGCAUAGUGUUAAUUCUCUGCAAACAGACAAAGAGCUGCAGAAGGAUGGAGAGUCAGAAGAUGACAGAGACGAUAGAGAGCAGAGCAUUUCUUCUGUCCCCCAAACAUUCAGUGUGUAUGAGUCUGCGUCAGAGGACCUGGCAUCCUUCUGUGAUGAUUUGUCAUUUGAGUGUCCCUCUGCGGACUUGGAACCAAAUGUUUCAUCUCUUGCUUCACAAGAGGAUCAGACGGACUGGGACCAGACUGAUGACGAGGAUGAAGAACUGGGAAACUACAGGCGUUCUGCCUCUUUUGUCAACAACAGCAUGACAAAUCUCAGACAGUCUAAUGAAGAGAAGGGUUUUCAUCACUGCGAUCAAUCUGCAACUCAGGAAACUUCUUCUACCUCCAACCAGUCACAAUCUGGAACCGAUGACUGUAGUUUUGAGAGUCACAGAGACCAAGAUCAUGUCCAAACAGCUGAUGCAGGGGUGCAGAGUCUGGGAAAUCUCCCACCGAGUGACAGCUUUGCAGAUUUCUGCUCAGCGCCCACACAGGAGGAUGGAGAAGAGUCGUGGGCGGAGUUCAAGGAACAGAGGGGUCAGAUUGAUGGGAGCACUGAGGAGGAGCAGGACAGGGCAGAGCAAUACGGGGUUUCCAGGAGGAACAGCUGUCAAGCGUCACUUUCCUGCCGUGUCCAACAGCUUCUCCUGGCCAGUUUUCCGGAGAUAGAGGUCCCGGCUGUGGAGGGUGAGGAGGAGGUGCUCAGUCUCGGUGCUCUGCUUCACGCCCAACACCUCCCAGAGAGUGAGGAGAUACCAGAACUCUGUCCGCCAUCUCAGUGGAUUCAGCGGGGGAUGUGGUGGCCACACCAGGACCUCCACAGUGCAGUUGGCCUCCAGUUUCAGUGGGGAGGUUCCCAUACCAACAGGACUGUGCUCAGGUGCCUUGGUAUGGACACAAGGAACAUUGCGUUCAUUGGCAUGAAGAAGCAGCCAGUGGCUGUGCCUGCUUUUGCAUCCAGCCUGGGAAUGCUAGAGCCCACCAAAGACUCUGUGUCAGCUGUCUGUUCUCCAGGACACACAGUGGUCACAGCACAAGAACCUCCAGGAUCCUGGGCCAUACCGGCCCCUUCAACAAUGCAGGAGGCGCCCCCUUCCAGACAGCUAGACUGGAGCAGCCGUGGCCUUAGCAGCUCUCAGGACGACUGCACUGCUCUCAACCUGGAUUAUUUUGGUCCUGAGGAGGAGGGCAGAUCCUACAGCAGCAGCAGCAGCCGUAGCAACAGUCCUCCUCCAGGAGUUGACCGUGAGCUGUAUGAGUUGACCAUCAGCAAACUGGAAACGGGAUUUAACAGUAGCCACAUGGAGGACACACUGAAUCGCCUGAUGUCCACUGCAGAGAAAACCAGCACUUCAGUAAGGAAGUCUCAGCAGGAUGAAGAGCUGAGUGUGGAAGCUGGCAGAGUGAUCUCUGGACUGCCUAACCUGUCUUUCAUGCUGGCCAAAGUCCUUAUGUUCCCAAGCAUUCUCGUACCCAAAGAAUGCUGUUCCCCAAAAUUACAGUGAUUUGUACACAUUUACACUGAAUGUGUAAUCUACCACCUAUUGCUGUUAACACAGGAUUCAAAUACUCCAUUAGGGCUAUAAGGAAACAAGAGGCAUUGUGGACUUGUGGAGUUGAGCUUACUGCUUCAGUCAAAAUACUCCACCUGCUGGCUAUUAUCAGUUUUAAGCCCAAAGUCUUUGUCAUUAGAGAGGCAUUAUAUGUGUUAGCUUGUGCAUUAAUUUCAAUGAACAACAAUAAUCUGCAAAGUGUAAAGAAGGUGUGCAAUACAGUAUUAUAUAUAUUGUAAAACAUGUCUGCUUAUUAAGUCAUAUAUUGGAGAUGGAAAGUAUGUACUUACCAUAGUAAGAAAUGUAGCCUUUGUGAGUGAGUGUGGGAUAAGAAAGAAUAUCUUCCUUCUGUGGAAAUUUUAAACAGUUGAAAUUUCUUCUCUUUUCAUCUUAUGGUUGUAGACCGUAAGUCAGUAAAGCUGGUUAAUUGGCGUUUGAUUGAUUUAACUUGCUUUGAAUAAAACAUGUGAAAGGGC